AUGCGGUACUCAUUGAGAAUUUGCGAGCUGUUAUUUCUCGAAAAAUGUUCCAAUUCAUUCCUUUGCACAGGUGGGCCCGGAGGAGGAAAAACAAGACAUGCCGCUCGGAUAGCUAAUUCACUCGCCGACCAAGGACUUGUACAUAUUUGCAUGCCGGAUGUUAUACGCAGCGCUCUUUCAAAGUACAAGGAUCAGUAUUCGGAAUGGAAAAAGGCCAAUGAGCACUAUCUACGUGGUUGGUUUCAGCUGAUAUUUCUUGUAAAUUGA